AUGGCCUCCCACCGCAUCGGCGCCCGCGUCGCGGGCCUCUCGCCAGCGCAGCUGUGCGCCAUCAUCGAGGCGCAGGCGGGCGCGAGCGACGCCGCGCUGCGCGUGGCGGACGAGCACGCCACACGGCUCGUGGAGCAGCCCGAGUGGGUGCUCUCCGAGGUCCUCCUCUCGCCGGACCUCGUAAAAGAGCGGGGGGGGGCCAGCGGCCGCACGUCGCACCCCCGGCGCCGAGCCGCUGGCCCGCCGCCCCAGCUAUCCAGCGCACAACCCCCGGUGGCUCGUGCGACGUGCGGCCGCUGGUGGCGCGACACGCGGCCUCCGGCGGCGAUUCGCCGCGGCCUCUCCGGCGGUGCGGUGUGUUUUGUGUGCGUUUUCGAAGGCUGUGGGCGGGAUAAGGCCGGCUAG